GGAGUCUCACAAGCAAAUAUUCUUCCUUGAAAAUCCAUGAAAAUAAGAUACUUAUCACCAGUAAAACAUUGUGUUCUUGCAGUGUAUUUAAUCUAGAGUGAUAUUUCGAUAAAUUGCAAAGAUGUCUUUGAGUCUUUCAUCGAGAAUCCUGUGUAAAUUGAAACCCUUAAUUCGACUCCAUGUUCGUGGCAUGUCGUGCACGAGAAACAUCGGAAUUCUGGCUCAUAUUGAUGCCGGAAAGACCACAACCACGGAGAGGAUGCUCUUCUACUCGGGAAAGACACGAUCCCUCGGUGAAGUGCAUCAUGGCAACACUGUGACGGAUUUUCUGGAUCAGGAGCGCGAGCGUGGCAUCACGAUUUGCAGUGCUGCCGUUACCUUUCCCUGGGACACUGCCAAGAUCAAUCUGAUAGACACUCCCGGACACAUUGACUUCACAAUGGAGGUGGAGUUGAGCUUGGGCGCUGUGGAUGCCGCUGUUGUGAUCCUGGACGCUUCGGCAGGUGUUGAAGCGCAGACAUUGACUGUCUGGUCACAAGCGGAUCGCUACAGUUUGCCCAGGAUUGUGUUCGUGAACAAGAUGGACAGAGAGGAUGCGGACUUUGAGGGUUGUCUGGAGGACAUGAGGAGACACUUGAGAGUCCUGCCACUGCCUCUGCAAAUCCCAAUCAGAGGGAAGAAGCAAUUAGCAGGAAUUGUGGAUGUGGUGAAGAGGAAGCUUCUCACGUGGGAUGUGAAGUCUGAAGGCUCAAACUACAAGAUCUCUCCAAUUCCUGAAGAUCUGAAGGCGGAGUGUGACGCGAAAAGGUGUGAAAUAAUCGAUCAACUGUCGGGAGUUGAUGAUGAACUCGCGGAUAUUGUCAUCUCCAAGGAUUCACUCACAGACAUUGACAUAGACACUGUGCAGAAAGCCAUUCAGAGAGCCACAAUUCAGUGCAAAGUCGUUCCUGUUCUCCUCGGAUCAGCGUACAAGAAUACAGGGAUUCAGAGUCUCCUGGACGGAAUUGUCAAUUAUUUCCCCAAUCCUGGCGACAGAUACAAAGAACUCGCGUCGUUUGAGGGAGAUUUCAUUGCGAGAGUCUUCAAAAUCAUGCACGAUAAGCAGAGAGGUCCUUUGACACUCUUCCGCGUCCUGUCUGGCAGUCUAAAGAGAAAUGGAAAGGUGACAACGGGAAGAGGAGGUGCCGAAGCCGCUCAGAGAAUCUACGAACCUCUGGCUAAUGAGUACAGAGAGAUUGAUGAGGUUUCCACGGGCGAUAUUGGAAUCUGUGCGGGAUUGAAGACAACAAUGACUGGAGAUCUUCUGGUCGGAAGUGGCGCGAUUCUCAAGAGGCUUCAGAAGAAGUUCCCAAAAGCCCUUCCUGAGAGUGAUGAGGAUUCUCCUGUUGAGGAGGAAGAGAGGACAGGAAGUGUGUUCUCUGUUGAGACGAAAAUACCAGACGCUGUUUACUUCUGUUCUGUCGAACCGCCUUCAUUGUCGCAGCAGAAGAAUCUGGACUUGGCUCUGAUGCAGCUUCAGCGAGAAGAUCCCAGUCUAAGAAUUCGCUACGACGAGACAACUCUCCAGACUGUCCUUGGCGGAAUGGGUGAACUCCACCUGGACAUUGUCAAGUCGAGAAUUCUCACGGAAUACAAAGUGGACGUGAUUUUGGGACCUCUUCAGAUUGCAUACAAAGAAACUCUGGACGUGGCGGAAGCGAGAGAAACGCUUCUGGUUGAGAAGGACAUCGCCGGAAGCAAGCAGAAGGUCUCCAUUGAGCUCUCCUUGCGACAAGGACAGAAGGAGAAGUUCAUCUUGGACACAACAAAGGAUGCUGGCGAAGGAUUGACUUCUCUGCGCCCGAGACACUUGAAUCUGCUGAAGAAAGGCGUCUUGACGGGAUUAGAGAGAGGACCAAAGCUCGGCGGCGUGGUUGUUGACACUUAUGCUGUCCUUCACGACAUCAGCAUUGGCUCAGGAGCUGUUGAUUCCUUCGUGAUCGCAACAGCGGCUCAAUGUGUUCAGAAAAUCCUCAGGAAUGCUGGUUGUCGUCUUCUGGAGCCAAUAAUGUCCCUGGAAAUUGUCGCACCGGCAAAUCUCAUGCCUGUUGUCCUUCCUGAUCUGACAAGGAGAAGAGCUACGAUUGUGGAUAUGACGCCGAAGGGUGAAUCUAGCAAGCAACUCCGCGUUCACGCACCUCUCGCGGAAUUAUCCAAUUACUCAAGCUCCUUGAGGAUUCUCACAUCCGGCCGGGCGACGCUGUUCAUGGAAUACAGUCACUAUGCCCUAAUGAAUGCCCAGGAUCAAGAGAUUGCCAUCCAAACGGCUCAGGGAUUGAUGUAACGUGAAAUACAAUU